AUGACCAUAGAUAAUUUAAAAUUAAAAUCAGCAACGUCACUCCUGUAACUGCCGAAUUAUGCUAUAAAGUUAAAUAAAAACAAAAAAUAAUCCGUAACUGAAAUGAAGAAGUAAAGGUAACAUCGCAGUUGGGGUGAGAUAUGCUCAUCAUCAUGAAUCCUUUUGAGUACUUCCAGACCAUCAUCCCAACGUUAGAAGACUACAGAUGGCUGAUAGAGAUAGCAAACGAUUGUUAUCCCAUCGCAGUGAUGUCUAGAAUGCACAUAGCAUAAUGGUGUUAGAUAAAGAUUAUGAGAAGCGUAAAUACACGGUGAGGAAGGGCGCGCCUAUACCCAGACUGAUUUCUGAGGGCGCCAUCCCUCCUGUGCCCUCCAGCUUGUUUUCCAGCACCUACAGCGCCUCAGCUGUAGCUGACAUUGAAACAGUUACCAGCCUAACUCCUGAGAACACGCUGAGCAUGGUCAGUACCCCAUGGAGUACAGAAACUUGGAACACUGACCAAGAAUCUCUAGAUACUUACGCAUCGUGGUUGAGUACGGACGCAUUGCCAGCUUCUUCCCUUAGCCCAGAACCUGUUAGCACAUCAUCUUAUGGCGUGACCAGCCCUUACCACAGCAGCAGUAAGAAUACCCUGACGUUACUGAGUAGUGCGAUCACGCCGAGCACGAGUAGACAGAUGCCUCUGCUGCAUAGAAUGCCGGAGUGUUCAGAAACGGUUAGUACGUGGACUAUGGAGACUUUCACCAGCACUGGCAUUUUAUCUGACGCAAAUAUUCUGAGGGUUCAGUUCCCCUGGAGUCCUUGCACGAUGGCUAGUGAGUCGGAGUUGUACCCGAGUUCGCUCGAAAGUUACGAAUCUAGGAAGGUCAGCAGGGUUUCGGUAACUGGUACUCCAGCUGAGAGGGACUCCCCGACACCCAUGAACUACAAUUUCCACGGGAAACAUGAUCAGGAUCCUAUCGUGGACUGGUUAAGGGUAAAGCUGAAAGGGCUCGGUGUCGUAAACGUUCGGGUGUGAAAAAAAAAUAGCAAAAACAAUAAAUAAUUUUAUUGAAAUAA